CUUUGCUCAAGAUGCUUCUGUAGCGAUGCACUCUGCACUUUUUCAACAUGAAACCAACAUAAUCAAUAACGCUCACUGUAUUGUGAAACAUGGAUGGGCAAAGAAAUACUGGAUAUUUACCAACCAACGGGAGAAAGAGAAUUAUGGGAAAUAUGCGCCAUAGAGUAAAUAUGGUUCUGGUUACAUGUUUGUUGAUUGGAAUGUCUGCACAUGCAACUUCUUCAUCAGAUCUCUAUGUUCUCCAUUCUUUGGAAAGAUCUUCAGACACCCAUCAGAAGGACAGCAAUGAAAGAGUAGGGUUUGGCAACAGCCAUGAUCAUUUGCAGGGCAGAAACAGUGUGAAAUUUCAUAGAAAACUUUUGAUUGAAUCUGUUGAAUAUACACAAAAAGGUAACAUUACGACCAACACUGAAGUCAACUCCAUCUGGCCCUCUGUGCUGGGAGCUUUGACAGCAGCGCUUUGCGUCGGCCUCUUGAUAGCAGUGGCUGUAAAGUACCGUCUCUUCCAGUGCUGUCUGGUGAGAAACAGUCAUGAUUUACUGCUGGAGGGAGACACGGCCAGCCAGUUCAGCCAACCUGGGGCUUUGGAGGGAGGAAUACCAGUGCAUGACAUGAGGGGCAGAAUAAUGCUUGCGAGUGGAGACAGUUCAGAUGAUGAUAAUGAUGAUGAUGGCUUUAUCGAGGACAACUAUAUUGAGCAAAGUGAGAGAGAGAAAGCUGAGAAAGAGGAGACCCAUCAUGAAGAUAUUGAGGACAGUGAUGAUGAGUUGAUCAUUUCAGACAUUAUAUAAGGUGUCUACUUCUACUUUAUUAUAUGUUCUAAUUAUACAACCAAGAGGAUUUUCUUUGGCUCUUGAAUGACUCAAAAUACUGUAGACUGGGUCCAGGAAUAGACAAUAGGCCACCCAUCUAUGUAUUGAUAUAUUGAUAAUGAAUAAACUGGAUAAAUGGAUAAUAAUUUCUAAUGGAUCUGAUAAUUAUAACAUAUUUCUGUUACUGGAAAUCAUUUUAUAUAUUUAAAUGAAAUCUUUAUAUUUUAUACUACUUUCAUAUUCUAAAGGCACACUAAUGCAAAAUAUGCGCACUGUUUAGGCAUUGUAAUGAAUAAAAAACUUAAUAAAUGUAUUUU